AUGCUUCAAUUGUUUCAUUUCUCGUUUUUUCACUUUCAAUCCACCAAAUUCAAACUUUUUCUUUUUCGAUUUUGGACUUCCAACCAACAGUGCCUUUAACAACUUCUAUGCUCUCCAACUCCAAUGGAAGCAACUAAAGAAAGAAAAAGUUAUUCACUUUCCCUUUCACCAAACUGAGGGGAAAAAAGAAGAAGCAAAAGUUAGUUAAAGUAAAAAUUUUUCUGUUAGAUUCCCCUCCACUUUGAUCUCUUUGGCCCUCUUCCCCUGCUGCAAAUCCUUCAUUGGUUCUGCAGAUUGAAGUCACAAGUGAAUUUUCUCUCUCUCUCUGACAUUUUAUGCGCUGAUUUGGAUGAAUCAGCUAUACUGUAGAGGCUACUGUUUUCUCUUUUGGUAGGUCUGCUCCUUUUAUUUGACCCCAAUUUGUAAAAGUUUAAUUUUGAGGAGGAAGCAUUAUAGUGGAGAUCUGGGACUUGUUUCGUCUCUUAUGCCCUAUGAAGACUUUCUUUACUGCAGAAUCCUGUAAAGAAGCACACCCUAAUGCUUUAAAUCCACAGUCCUGGCUCCAAGUUGAAAGGGGGAAGCUUCCCCAAUUGUCAUCAUCCCAGUCCUCCACUGCAUCAAUAGAAUCUCUGAUCAAGGUCCCGCAACCACCUAUACUUCCAUUCUUUAAACCUGUUGAUUAUGUGGAAGUUUUAGCCCAAAUCCAUGAAGAACUUGAGUCGUGUCCUCUGCAGGAGCAGUCAAAUCUGUUUUUGCUACAAUACCAGGUCUUUAGGGGCCUUGGGGAUGUUAAACUAAUGCGCAGAAGCCUCCGGUCAGCUUGGCAGAGAGCAAACACUCUUCAUGAGAAAAUUAUUUUUGGGGCAUGGUUGAAGUAUGGGAAGCAAGGGGAGGAACUAGUUGCUGACUUGCUCACGGCUAGUGGUAAAUGUGAAAAGGAAUCUGGGCCCAUAGAUAUAGAAUCUCAUAUUCCUUUUGGUAUGAAUGUAAAUUCCCAGGAGAGAGCUGCGAUGAAUGGGAACCUCACUUCACAGUAUGUUACUUUUACUAUCGGAAAUGAGAAGAUAAUCUGUGAUAGACAGAAGAUUUCUGAACUUUCAGCACCAUUUCAUGCAAUGCUAAAGGGGUAUUUCAGGGAAUCACUUUCUGAGACUAUAGAUUUAUCUGAAAACAAUAUCUCUCCCUCGGGUCUGAGGGCAAUAAAUUCCUUUAGCUUGACAGGCAGUUUACCUGAUGUCCCUUCAAAUCUUUUGUUGGAGAUAUUAGUUUUUGCAAACAAGUAUUGUUGUGAAAGACUAAAACAGGCUUGUGAUAGAAGACUUGCAUCCUUAGUUUCCUCCAGAGAAGUUGCAGUGGAACUCAUGGAAUAUGCUCUUGAUGAGAAUUCUGCUGUCCUUGCUGGGUCUUGUUUACAGGUCCUUUUACGUGAUAUUCCCAACUGCUUGAGUGAUAAUCAGGUGGUGGAGUUAUUUAUUCAUGCUAAUAGGCAACAGUUGGCAGUCAUGGUUGGACCUGGCUUAUUUGCACUUUUCUGUUUCUUAAGUGAAGUUUCUAUGAACCUUAAUUCUAGUUCAGACACAACAGCUCAUUUACUGGAACGGUUAGUUGAUUUUGCUGAAAAUGACAAGCAGAGACUGCUGGCAUUUCAUCAGUUGGGAUGUGUUCGACUCUUAAGAAAAGAAUAUGAUGAAGCCUAUUGUCUUUUUGAGAGGGCUGUAGAUGCAGGUCAUAUUUAUUCUGUUGUGGGUUUAGCUAGACUGGACUCUAUAAAGGGAGAGAAGUUUUUAUCUUAUGAGAAGAUCAGCUCAGUCAUUUCUUCUGUUACACCACUUGGAUGGAUGUACCAGGAAAGAUCACUAUACUGUGACUGUGAUUUGAGGUGGAAAGACCUUGAGAAAGCAACUGAACUGGACCCUACUCUUGUAUAUCCCUACAUGUAUAGGGCUGCCUCAUUAAUGAGGACAGAGAAUGUUCAAGGUGCACUGGGUGAAAUCAAUCGGAUUCUUGGCUUCAAACUUUCAUUAGAGUGCCUGGAACUACGGUUUUUUAUCUAUCUGGGCCUUGAGGACUACAAAGCAGCUCUCCGUGAUGUUCAAGCAAUUCUUACCCUGUGUCCAUAUUAUAGAAUGUUUGAAGGGCGUGUGGCUGCAUCUCAGCUCUGUACUCUUGUGCGUGCACAUGUUGACCAUUGGACAACGGCAGAUUGUUGGGCACGAUUAUAUGACUGUUGGUCUGCUGUAGAUGAUAUUGAGUCUCUAUCUGUUAUCUACCAGAUGCUUGAAUCUGAUGCAGCAAAAGGUGUUCUAUACUUCAGACAGUCAUUGCUUCUCCUCAGGUUAAACUGUCCAGAGGCUGCUAUGCGGAGUUUACAGUUAGCUUGGCAACAUGCAUCAAGUGAGCAUGAAAGACUUGUAUAUGAGGGGUGGAUCUUGUAUGAUACAGGUCAUUAUGAGGAAGGGCUCCAAAAAGCUGAAGAGUCUAUUAGUAUUAAGAGGUCUUUCGAGGCCUAUUUCCUGAAGGCGUAUGCAUUGGCUGACUCUAGCAUAGAUUCAUCAUAUUCUUCAACUGUUAUUUCACUUUUGGAAGAUGCCUUGAAGUGCCCUUCUGAUAACCUGCGCAAAGGUCAGGCCCUAAACAAUCUUGGAAGUGUUUAUGUUGAUUGUGGGAAAUUGGACUUAGCAGCUGAUUGCUAUAUCAAAGCCCUUAAAAUCCAGCACACCCGUGCCCAUCAGGGCCUUGCUCGUGUUCAUUUUCUAAAAAAUGAUAAGGCUGCUGCAUACAAGGAAAUGACCAAUCUUAUUGAGAAAGCAAAGAACAAUGCAUCGGCCUAUGAGAAAAGGUCUGAGUAUGGUGAUCGUGAACUCACAAAGGCAGAUCUGGAGACGGUGACUAGAUUAGAUCCACUUCGGGUGUAUCCUUAUAGAUAUCGGGCGGCAGUUUUGAUGGACAGCCAUAAGGAAGAGGAAGCUAUUGCGGAACUCUCUAGAGCAAUUGCAUUCAAAGCUGAUUUGCACCUUUUGCAUCUGCGUGCAGCAUUCCAUGAACACAAGGGGGAUGUCCUAGGUGCACUAAGAGACUGUCGAGCUGCACUCUCAGUAGACCCAAACCAUCAAGAAAUGUUGGAACUUCACAGUCGAGUUAAUAGCCAUGAGCCCUGAAUCAAGAACAUGAUUUUUGUGAGAUGGAAAUGCAGUAUACCUGUGGCUGGCAGAAAACUCCUAGGCACUUGAACCUCAGCCACACUACAAAGAAUGAAGAGGGACCCGGCAUUUUUGCAACAGCCAUCAGCAAUCACAGAAAGUAAAUUUGUAAAUGGAAGGUAUAGUUAAAAUGUGAGAUGUAACUAUCUGUAGACUCUAGUAAUGAGCAUGUGAUGAUAUUAAUCAUUUUCAUUUUCCCUCCUAAAAGGGUGCCAAAAUUUUGUAAUUAAUAUUCUAUCUAUCAUUUGGGGGAUCUUAUAAUAUACUGCUUUUCAUCCAUUAGUUUUUCAUUUGUCCCCGGCUAAAGUUUUGGAGUUAAUGCUAUGCUGCCAAGGCGCAUGCUUAUUCAAAACCGAUAGCACAUGCUA